AUGCUUGCAUCCCUCGCUUUCGUUCUUUCGCUCGCAGCAUCCGCUGUCGCAGCCCCAACGGCACUGGUGCCACGCGCUGGGCGCACAUCUGCUCCUACAGGGUGCUUGGCUGUCGGUGGUAGCGGAAAGUACAAGACUGUCCAAUCGGCCGUUGAAGCACUGAGCGCUUCCGGUACGGCUGCGCAGUGCAUCUACAUCGCCAAAGGCACCUACAAGGAGCAAGUCUACAUCAAGCCGUUGAAGUCAGCCUUGACCAUCUACGGCGAGACUACAGACACCAGCAGCUACAGCGGCAACACCGUGACCAUCACUCAAGGCAAGAGUCAGGACAAUACUCCCAACAAUGACGAAACUGCCACUCUCCGCGCAUGGACUCCAAACCUGAAGGUUUACAACAUCAACCUAGUCAACACCCGUGGAAUGGGCUCCCAAGCUCUUGCCCUGAGCGCCAACGCCGACAAGCAAGGCUACUAUGGGUGCCAAUUCAAGGGCUACCAAGACACCAUCCUUGCCCAAGUUGGUAACCAGGUCUAUGCCAAGUCCUACAUCGAGGGUGCCACCGAUUUUAUUUUCGGUCAGAAGGCCACUGCAUGGUUCGAAAACGUCUCUAUCGGUGUUCUCACAGCCUCACAGGGCUACGUUACCGCAAACGGUCGCGAAUCAGACAGUAAUCCCUCAUACUAUGUAAUCAACAACUCAAAGAUCGCCGCGGCUCCUGGUAACACGGUCAAGGCCGGUGCGUACUUCCUCGGUCGCCCCUGGAGAAACUACUCUCGUGUCGUCGUCCAGAACACCAGCAUGACCAACGUCAUCAACGCCGCUGGCUGGAGGGCCUGGAACACUGACGACCCUAGGACCGACAAGGUCACAUAUGGCGAGUAUGCGAACACUGGUGAUGGAUCCAAGGGUACCAGGGCGUCCUUUUCGAAGAAGCUCACGGCUGCUGUUGGCAUCUCUACGGUGUUGGGUAGCGACUACAAGAACUGGGUUGAUGCAGCCUACAUACAGAAGAUGUCAUAUGGAACAGUAGAUUCGCCGGCGGCGCCAGGACAUUCAGGUGUAGAUUUGGUACAGCACCUACAACCUGCAGCUCCAGACACUGCGCGAGAUGCAGAAGAAGCACAUCAGCCAGCCCUGUGGAGAAGGGUAACGGCAAGUUUGAGGGUGUUCUAUGACCGCAACUUCGGACUGUUUCUAGUGUUCUUAGCUCAGACCUGUGGGAGCAUCAUGAACACAGCCGCCAAACUUUUGGCCAAUGACCCAUCGAUCAAGUUCCAUGCCCUGCAAAUCAUUUUUAUCCGCAUGCUGUGCACGACAAUUAUAUGCUCGAUUUACUCCUGGUACCACGCUGUGCCUGACUUCCCUCUUGGUCAGAAAGGGAUCAAGGGAUUGCUUGUAUUGAGAGGUACUGCGGGUUUUGUGGGCCUCUUCGGAUUAUACUACUCUCUGUCCUGGCUCGAAAUCUCGGAUGCAACAGUCAUAACCUUCCUGAUUCCAACCAUGACCGCAAUCGUAUGUUUUGUCUGGUUACGUGAGCCGUUCACCUGGAAAGAAGCGCUUUGCAGCUUCAUCGCUUUCUGCGGCGUUCUCUUCGUUGCGAGACCACCAUGGCUCUUUCCCUCCUCACAUAUGAACCCUGUAGUCGAUGACUCGAACCGGAAAGCGCCAACGUCGUCAAUAACGGCAGAACAGCGGACUAUGGCGAUCCUCAUUGCUAUUCUAGGCACUUUUGGAGCAAGCACUGCGUAUGCUACUAUUCGUGUAAUAGGCAAACGCGCACAUUCGCUAAUCUCGGUCAACUACUUUUCCUUCAUUGCAACAAUGGCCUCUUUUGUGCUCAUCUUGGUUCAUCCUUCGCUGCAUUUUGUUAUGCCCAAGACGCUCGGCCAAUGGGGAUUGAUCGCAAUCAUUGGACUCUUUGGGUUUCUGUUACAGUUCCUGCUGACGGAAGGUCUGCAGAGGGAAAAGGGUGGAAGAGCAACAAAUUUAACCUACCUACAGCUUGUAUUUGCACUGGUAGUUGAAAAGCUAAUCUGGGGGACUACACCGCCGGUUGAGAGCUUGGUAGGGGCGGUGCUUAUUAUUGGAGCAGCGAUCGCGGUCAGUCUGCAGAAGGAGGGUGGAAAGAGCAAAAAGGUUGAGGCUGUGAACGACGAGGAGAGGAGAUUGUUGCGAGAAGGCGAUUAA